AUGACCCACGGCACAUCUGGGCGAACAUUUUUCCUCGAUGCCGCUAAUCAGAACUUGGCUACGAUCCCAUCGGGGAUCUUAGAACUACGAGAAUUAGAAGAGGUGCACCUGGAAAACAACCAGAUCGAGGAGAUCCCCGAGGAUAUUCAGUACCUAGCGAACAUCAAAGUCCUCUACCUGAACAAUAACCGGCUGAGCAAGCUGUGCCUGCAGCUGGGAAAGCUGAGCCGCCUGGAGGGCCUGGACCUGAGCGACAACCCCAUCCUCCCCUCCUGGGUCCCGGUCCUCAGCAGCAUCCGCUCCCUGCGCCAGCUCCGCCUCUACCGCACCCAGAUCGGGGAGAUCCCCACCGAAAUCUGCAAGCACCUCCACCACCUCGAGCUGCUCGGCCUGUCGGGAAACCGCCUGAAGUCUCUGCCCAAGGAAAUUGUGAACCAGACCAAACUGCGGGAGCUCUACCUGAAGCAAAACCAGUUUGAGGUCUUCCCGCCGGAGCUCUGCGUCCUCCGCAACCUGGUGAUCAUUGACCUGGACGGGAACAGGCUGACGGCGCUCCCGGAGGAGAUCGGGAAGCUCACCAGGCUGCAGAAGUUCUACGUGGCUCGCAACAGCCUGCAGGGGCUGCCCGAGUCCCUGAGCCAGUGCGACCAGCUGUCGGUGCUGGAUCUUUCCUACAACCGCCUCCACUCCCUCCCGCGCAGCCUGGGGGGCCUGUCGGAGAUGGCGGAGGCGGGGCUGAGCGGGAACCCGCUGGAGAAGGUGCCGCGCCUGGUCUGCAAGUGGGCCUCGCUGCAGCUGCUCUACCUGCGCAACGCCGGCGCCCUGCGCUCGCUGCGCAGCUCCUUCCGGCGCCUGGUCAACCUGCGCUUCCUGGACCUCAGUCAGAACCACAUGCAAGGCUUCCCCGUGCAGCUCUGCUCGCUGAAGAGCCUGGAGAUCCUGGCGCUGGAUGAUAAUAAGAUAGGGAAGUUACCUUCAGACUUUGGUGCACUUUCAAAACUGAAGAUACUUGGACUAAGUGGGAAUCAGUUCAUUUCAUUUCCAGAAGAAAUCUUUUCUUUAGAGUCCUUAGAGAAAUUAUACCUUGGGCAAGAUCAGGGAGCCAAGCUCACCUCUGUGCCAGAGGACAUUGGGAAACUACAGAGUCUUAAGGAGCUGCAUAUAGAAAACAACCAUCUGGAGUACUUGCCAGUGGCCUUGGGAUCAAUGCCUAACCUGGAAGUUCUUGAUUGCCGCCACAAUCUGCUUAAGCAGCUUCCAGACGCCAUCUGCCAAGCACAAGCUUUGAGAGAAUUACUGCUUGAGAAAAACUUGCUCACCCAACUUCCAGAGAAUUUAGAUAGUCUAGUGAAUCUCGAUGUUCUGACGCUGAUGGACAAUCCUAUGGAAGAUCCCCCCAAAGAAGUGUACACUGAAGGCAAAGAGGCGAUCUUCACAUACCUUAUGAAUAAAAGACAUAUGAAAAUAGUAGCAACAACGAUUCAGUCCUGGUGGCGUGGAAUGAUGGUACGGAAAGGACUUGGGAAAUUUAGUGAAAUAUUAAAAGUGCGAAAGAAAGGAAAGAAUUCUCUAAAAUCUAAGUCAGGAAAGAAGGGUGGAAAAGAAAAACCUGCAAAGGAAAAGAAGAAAUAAUUUUGUAUAUUAAUGACUUGAGGUAAUGAACCCUGAUGGAUUGAGAAGGCAAACAUAUAUAGGAAUUAGAUGCCCACCACACUAAAAUUAUUCAUUAAAUUAUG